CCUGAUCACGUGACGCGCUGGUCGUCCAAUCGCGUUGCAGAAUCACACGGCUCGUAAUUUUGAACAGACGGCUAGCAGCCAGGUAGAGCUCGGUAUUAUCAAUGCUGCCAUUCACACAAUCCUACAGCAAAACAUCGGCUAAAUCCUCCCCUGAGUAAUGGAUAUUUUGACCUUUUGUCAUAUCGUUUAGAGGAAAAACGUUCUGUGUUUUUGAGAUAAACAUGAAUUCUCAUGUUAUCACCCCAGGACCGUACCGGGCCACCAAACUCUGGAAUGAGGUGACUCGCUUGUUUCGGUCUGGAAUGCCCCUCAGGAAACAUCGCCAGAACUUCCGGCACUACGCCUCCUGCUUCGCUGCCUCGGCCGCUGUGGAGUGGAUGCACCAGCUGCUAUGUAACAACAGCAAUUUUGGCCCUGAUGUCACCAGGCAGCAGACAGUGCAGCUCCUGAAGAAGUUCCUGAAGAACCACGUGAUCGAAGACGUGAAGGGUCGUUGGGGCACAGAGGAUCUGGAUGACAACAACACUCUGUACAGAUUCCCCACCACUUCCCCUCUGAAGCCAAUUCCCUGUCCAGCUUCAGGCUCGGCUCCUGGUUCUGUUAAGAAAAGGCCUUCAUUCAGGGACAGGGAGGGUUUCUUCAAGUUUAGGGGUAUCAAGAAGCAACAUGAGAAGGAGACGCAGGAAAAUGUCGAUCCUGCCCUCCAAGCAGGAGGAGAGAAUCAGCCAAUAGGAGAGCAGCAGGUGCCGAGGCGAGAGCUGACAGUUGAGGAUGAACAGGAGAUCUGGAAAGACAUCACCAUGACACACCUGCAGAGGAUUCUGGGCGUUGCAUCUCUUGAUGAGGUUUUAGACCAGCGUUAUGUGAACCCACAGAACAUCGUCCAUAAUAUGACCAAUGUCAACAAGCAUGGAGUGGUCACGCUGGACGACAAAACUAAUGACCUCCCACACUGGGUUCUGUCUGCCAUGAAGAGCCUGGCCAACUGGCCGAAGUACGACAGCGAACAGCCGUCCUAUCCCGGCUUCGAGAGAGACGUCUUUAAAACGGUGUCAGAUUACUUCUACAGCCUUCCGCAGCCAGUACUCACAUAUGAGCUGUAUGAACUAUUUAUCAACGUCUUGGUGUUUUGCGGGUACGUCGCAGCGCCCAACACGAUAAACCAACGUGGGAAACGCAAGAAGCUCGACCUCCCCUCGGCCCCGCCUCCAGCCAAGACUUCUUUCCGCUCCACAGAGUGUCUCCUCCUGUCACUGCUCAGACAGGGAGGGUGUGACGAGACGGAGUCCCCGAUGACAGAGGUGCUCGGUGGGAAGCUUCAGUCGCGGCUGGCGGCGCUGAAAGGAGGCGAGGGUCAGUUAGGAGGCAGCUGCACCAGCCUGAGUACAGUUUCUUUUUCGAGGCCUCGAACCAGGAGUUGCUCACUCGAAACUAUCCUAGAUGACUCUGCCCCUCUCACCAGGCAACAGCUGUUUCUGUCCAAUGAAAGCCUGGCCUCCUGCACCCAUAGCAACAUGAGCCAGGAUGACAGUAUAGCAAACACAAGUCAUACAGACUUUACCUCUGUUUCCAAAUCAACCCCUUUGACCACAGGUGCCAAAAUCAGAAAUAGACUGUCAAUUGCACAGAGGUCACGCUUCCUGCGACCCCGCAGCUGUUUAGACAUCGUCAUAGAAACCAAGGAGGAAGACGUCAUGGAGUCCAAGUUGCAGGAUCGCGCGACCAGCUGCCUCAACGUGAACACUCCCGCCGAACAGCAUCACUCCUCCUCAGCCUCACGCCCUCCUUCGUUGUCCUCCUAUCCAUCCGCCUUUCCCUCCUAUACUCCUUUCUAUACCUUUUCUUCACUUGCUUCGGCCAAAGUACAAGGGUCCCGUGCUCCUUCAGGACCCAGCGGGCCCAGACCUGCCUCCAGCACCUCUAAUCUUCGGAUGCUCUCCGCACCCGAUGUUGUCCGCCGCUGCCUCAGCUCUCUGGAUGUGUCGAAGCUGCAUCGCCCUGUUUCACUGUUCAAACCGCCUGUUUGUGUGCCCACCCAACCCAAAGCUGAGCACAGCGUUCUCCAGCCUCAGUGUGAGCGCGUGGCCAUCGAGGCCCUGCAGCUCUGCACCCUCCUCCUCCCCCCAUCCUCCCGCAGGAAGUUGCAGCUCCUCAUGAGGAUGAUGUCACGCAUCAGCCAGAACGUUGACAUGCCCCGCCUCCACCCCGCUAUAGGCACCCGCACACUGAUGGUUCACACGUUUUCCGGCUGUGUCCUGGGCAGCGCUGAGGAGUGUGAUUUGGACGAGCUGUUGGCUACCAGACUGGUGUCAUUUCUAAUGGACCAUCAAGAAAGCAUCCUCUCAGUCCCAGAGUACCUGCGUAGUGCUAUCAGUGACCACAUCCAGUACCUGCGUGCCGUACAGGUCCCGAUGGAUGGUGUUUCUAAUGUCGAAGCCUCCGAUGAGGUUUGCGCUCCGAUGCCCAUGUACGCCUUCUGCCGGCAGAUCAGCGGCGCUGAGUUUGAACAGCAAAAGCUGGAAUCUUCCCAGAAGGCCAUGGAGGAGUUGCUAGAGAUGCUGCUGACCAACCAAAACAUGAGCGAGAAGGACAGACGCAAGAAACUGAAGCAGUUUCAGAAGCAGUACCCAGACAUCUACAGUCGCCGGUGCCCCUCCUCAGACAAGAAAAGUAAGAACAACACCAAACCGAAGAUUAAACCUCCACUCCUCACCAUCAAGAAGACCAAAGCUUUCAGCAUCAGGAACUAACCGUACAGGUUGGCAGCAUUAUAGAAGCCACAGCCCUGUUCACUGCAAUAUAACCGCACUGAUACUAAGAGAUCUGGAGAAUCCUCUUCUCUUUGCAGCCAUUAACCUUUUUCGUGUUACGUUGGACAUACUUGGUUUGUAGUAAUGUUAGAGUUAAUGCAGGCUGGAAGACUUCUACAAUAGUUCAUGUGUUUAUUUGUCUGUGUGAGUGAUUGUAUUGACAGCUGAGUAAAAUGAAGGCAGAUAGACAGAGGGUUGCUUCUUUGAGAAGUUCAAAUAUAGGAGGGUUUUUUUUGUUAAAAUGUUCCCUUUUUUGUGGUGUUCUGUUUUCUAUCCCCUCACCUGUCUUAUCUAUUGCUAGCUUGUGUUUGUGUGUGCGGACAAACUGCAGAUUGCAUUUUGGGAGAUAUAAAUAUGCAAUUCUAAGGUCCCUGGUCCAUAUGGGAAUAAUUAGAUUAUAGAUUUCUUAAUUUAUAUAAAUUAUGACAUUGGGAGCAGUGAAAUGUCUUGUUAACUGUUUUUAUAGAGAUCACUAAAAAUGUUAUAUCAUAGAAUCUCAAGUUUUAUUUGAAAUGUGUUUUUAUUCUUUUGAUGUUUUUCUCUUUCUUGUCCUUUUUGGCUCUUUCUCUUCGUUCUGCUUUUAAAGCAAUUUAACGGUACCAUUUAAGGUUUUUUCUUAGAGACCUUGGAUAAAGGGAUCUCAGGUUUUUAAUUUACAACUCUAGUUAGUUUAAACUUUUUUCACAGUUUAGAUUUGUAUUACUGACAUGUGUGUGUUUCACCUUGAUCCCAUCCCUGCAUAGUUUAUUGGAUAAAGACAUGUUUUGCACUGGAUUAAGGCAUUGUAAAUGGCAAAUCAUCAGAAUAGCUAAUGUAUACAUAUUUAAUGCAUAUUAGACUCCCUUACGAAGGUUCCACCAAAUACCUGUAAUAGUUUGUGUAAACUGUUGCUACGGCUUCUGUCAACAACCUUGUGAAUUGUUUUCUGAACUCCUACAGCAUUUGAUGUCAAAAGGGAAGUGGCUAUUGGCUGCUACUCUCUAAGGAGAGAAACUGGUCAUCUAUUCAUUGAUGAAUGAGAACUUGUGGUAAACAGAAGUGCUUAUUAGAACCCUUAUGUCAGUUAUCUGAGGAUUUGUAACCCUACAUUUCAAGCUGUUCCUUUUUAAUUUAUGUUAUAUGAAGUAUUAGUUCUACCAUGAUAUGUUUGUUUUUUUACCUCAGAUCGAAGUGUGUGUGUGUAACCGUAUAUGCAUUCAUCAGCAGUGUUUUAUAUUGUACACUUACACAGUUUUACCCCUUGUUUACUUUCUAUUGUUUACUAUGCAAACUCCUGGGAAAUAAAUGUCAGCUGUUCUAUUUA